GGGGGCGGGGUUUCUUUAAUUCCGCCAUGUUUAGCCCCCGGUAGUUAAAGCUUCCGGGAGACUGAAACACGUGAUUGAUAGAGGAGGUUAGAAGCUUUUGCUCUGGCUUUGAGAUUCCCAUUCUGAGGCAGACACGUGCGUGCGUAUAGAGUCAAUCAGAAAUGCUGCGGCUACAAAGAAUUCUUCGACAAGCAAAGCCAGCUUCCAGAGUACUGGCUUUGAAUCUGAGCAGGCAAUAUGCAAAAGAUGUCAAGUUUGGGGCUGAUGCCAGAGCACUUAUGCUUCAAGGGGUUGAUCUCUUGGCUGAUGCAGUGGCUGUGACAAUGGGACCCAAGGGAAGAACUGUUAUCAUCGAACAAAGCUGGGGAAGUCCAAAAGUAACCAAAGAUGGUGUGACGGUUGCAAAAGCAAUUGAACUGAAAGAUAAAUACAAAAAUAUUGGUGCCAAACUAGUACAAGAUGUGGCUAACAACACAAAUGAAGAAGCAGGGGAUGGAACAACCACCGCAACUGUCCUUGCAAGGUCUAUAGCUAAAGAAGGCUUUGAAAAAAUAAGCAAAGGUGCAAAUCCAAUAGAAAUUAGAAGAGGUGUAAUGUUGGCUGUAGAUGCGGUUAUUGCCGAGUUAAAAAAGCAGUCAAAACCCGUUACAACACCAGAGGAGAUAGCUCAGGUUGCUACCAUAUCGGCUAAUGGUGAUCAAGAAAUUGGCAAAAUAAUCUCAGAUGCGAUGAAAAAGGUUGGGCGUAAAGGUGUUAUUACAGUUAAGGAUGGCAAAACUCUUCACGAUGAGCUGGAGAUAAUUGAAGGCAUGAAAUUUGACAGAGGUUAUAUUUCACCAUACUUUAUAAAUACAGCUAAAGGUCAGAAAUGUGAAUUUCAGGAUGCAUAUCUACUCCUUAGUGAGAAAAAAAUUUCCAAUGUUCAGUCUAUUGUACCAGCUCUUGAAAUUGCUAACGCUCACCGUAAACCGCUAGUUAUAAUAGCAGAAGAUGUUGAUGGAGAGGCGUUAAGCACGUUAGUGUUAAACAGGCUGAAAGUUGGACUGCAGGUGGUUGCUGUAAAAGCCCCAGGUUUUGGGGAUAACCGAAAGAACCAGCUUAAGGAUAUGGCAGUUUCAUCUGGUGGGGUGGUGUUUGGGGAGGAAGGUCUCACCCUAAAUCUUGAAGAUAUUCAGCCCCAUGAUUUUGGCAAAGUAGGAGAAGUGAUUGUAACGAAAGACGACACUAUGCUAUUGAAAGGAAAGGGUGACAAAGCUCUGAUUGAGAAACGUAUUCAAGAAAUUCAUGACCAGUUGGAAACUACAAACAGUGAAUAUGAAAAGGAGAAGCUGAAUGAGAGACUGGCUAAGUUGUCGGAUGGCGUUGCAGUACUAAAGGUUGGUGGCACUAGUGAUGUUGAAGUUAACGAAAAGAAAGAUAGAGUGACCGACGCAUUAAAUGCGACCCGUGCAGCUGUGGAAGAAGGAAUUGUUUUGGGAGGAGGCUGUGCCUUGCUCCGAUGCAUCCCAGCGCUGGACUCCAUAAACCCAGUUAAUGAAGACCAGAAAAUUGGCAUUGAGAUCAUAAGGAGGACUCUGAAGAUUCCUGCAAUGACAAUCGCAAAAAAUGCAGGUGUUGAAGGAUCAUUGGUGGUAGAAAAGAUCAUUCAGAGUCCAGUCGAGAUUGGAUAUGAUGCCAUGCAUGCUGAAUUUGUAAACAUGGUGGAAAAAGGAAUUAUUGACCCAACAAAGGUUGUUAGGACAGCUUUGAUGGAUGCUGCCGGUGUUGCUUCACUCCUAACAACAGCUGAAGCGGUCGUGACAGAAAUUCCAAAAGAAGAAAAAGAUGGUGGCAUGGCUGGAAUGGGAGGAAUGGGAGGCAUGGGUGGUGGAAUGGGAGGUGGAAUGUUCUAAAUUGUUAUACAAAGAACUGAUAAAUGACCGUGUUACAAGCUCAGAAGUGUUGAGAGAACAGAGGGGAAACCGUGACGCUGGUGAAACUUCUCGAAAGUUGGUUUCGGUUACGUAACUGUUUACUGCGAUCUUUAUCCAUGCCUUCAUGUAAUUUAUUUUCUAUCUCGGAAGACCUUUGUACAUUCCUUAAAAAUUAUGUAGUUGCCAUUGUUACGAAAACCUUGUUUAAAACUGUCAUUUUUACCAGUGUUUCAAGUUUAUUGAUAGUUUUUACAUUUACUACCACUACUGCCCUGACUUAAAUGUAAGUGUCUAAUCCUGGCUAAAAACCCCAUUAAAAUAAAAAUGUAUUAAUUAUGUUUACUCUAAAUUUUAGUACUGAAUGUGAGACUUUUUUUAAUUUUUUUUCCCCCUUACGUUCUACACGGCUCUUGUUUUUCAAGUCAAUUUGUGUGCUCUCUGCCAUAAUGGGCUCAUUCUAGUGAAAAUGAAAUCUUAAUGUAUUAGUAUAAUGCCUAGUAUAAAAAAUAGGCUGACUCAUUAUUUUGCAUUUUUACUUUAUGUACACUUGACAGGAAAAUGUUUUAAUACUUUGGCUUAUUCAUUUUCAACAUUACUAAGUUGCUGUAGCUUUAGGUAAAGUUUUUUUUUUUUUUUUUUUUUUUUUUUUUUUGUGUGUGUUAGUGCACAAGAUAAAACAUUCAUUAAUGGGAUACUGUGUGGGAGAAGGUGGUAUUUGAUAUUUCAAAAUACGUCAUGCAUGCUACACCUGCUAAUGGCAGAUGGGAAUUACAGACCUUAGACCAGUGCUGUCCAAUUUGCCCCCCACAUUAAGGUCUGCCUGUUGUGUCUGCUUACCUUGUGUAAAAUUUAAAAGGUAUCAAUACUGAAAUUAACUGGCCCCUGCAUUGUUUAAACCUGAAAUUCAGACCGUAAACCCCUGUAUUGUUCCCACAUGUAAUCCCCAUGCAUUGUUCACACCUGUAACAUCUCUUGUUUACACCCAUAAACCCUGUACUGUUAACACCUUA